CGCGGAAGUGUUUCACUCUUUCCCGCCAUGUCCUACUCGAAACCAGCGACGCUCUCAAAGCUCACGGACUCUACUCUCGGUUGUUUCUCUCGUUUACCCCCUUCAGAAUUUGUCGAUCAUCUCGUGAGGUAUCUCAGUACAUGGAGUGGUAGCGAUAAAUUUUUCAGCAUAAUACAAAGUUCGCUUAGUUUGCUUGCUGCAUAUCUGAAUUUUAGGGCAAGAGUUCAACAUCGAUACGGGCGUAGAGCAAGCCCAACGAGCGAUGUCGCCGCUCGUUUCUCAAAGUUUUGUCGGGUUUUAUCCAGUUCGAGGACAUUGUAUCGGUUCUGGGGUCUAAUACCCAUCCUGCAGUGGAUGAUCUCGUUAGAACGAAACCCUCAACCUACGCGAAACCUUCUCAACAUUGAGCGCUUACAGGGGUGGUCAAUGCUAGGAUACUAUCCUCUCGAACACCUCAGUUUCCUUCGUUCACAAGACGUUCUUCCGCCGAAGGUCACCGUAUCGGUACCACUACUCACUGCAAAGCCGAAGUCGUUCACAUUAGAUCCCAGCGAGCUGAGCUUGUGGUCAUGUCGCUGCUGGGCAGCCUACGUCGCGCUACAUUUCGCUCGCCUUAGGGAAGAGAGGAAGCUGAUUCAAGCUCGACAGCGUGAUCUAAGGAAAGGGAAGAGAAGAUCUCUUAACCAGUCUGAGAAGGAUGAGCUACGAAAGAAAUGGAGCGCGCACAGGACCGAUCUUGUCAUGAAUGUUGCGAAUUUCGCUCUUGCGUUGAAUGCCUCGUCCAGGACUGGGAUAAUGGAUAAGGUGUGGAACGAUGUGCUGACCCUACUGGCUGCCGUGAUCUCAUUUAGCAAUGGAUGGAACGCGACCGCCUUACCAUCCAAGUCCACCUCAAAGCCUGUAGGUGGGACAGAUGUCGACGGGAAAGAUCCAACUAGUGGUAAUGAAGCGGACCCUACUGUAUCGACUUGAUUGUCGUUUACCGUACGAACCAAGUAAUAAUAGAUCUAGAGGUUACAUUGGGGUGCUAUCAGUCCAUACUACUUGCACUCCUAACGACCAGUGACUGUACUCCUCAAUCGU